AUGUUAAAUGAGUUAAUCGACUUAACAUAUGUCAAGGACUUUAUUGAGAAAUUGUUUGCUGGAUAUAGUUUUGAUAUUUCACAACAAACUAAUGUGGUGAAGAAUUAUCAUGCAUCUGUCGAAUUGAUAUUGUUUCUUAUAAAUCAGGAUACCAGUGAAGUAAGAAAAUAUAUAGAUCAAAUCAAUAAUAUUUUGGAUCCUCUUAAUAUCAUUAACGAUCGAACCAAGGUCGUCCUCAUCUUGAAUAGGUUUGUCAGAUUUGAUGUCUUUGAACCACUUGAUUUCAAUGCAAGAGAGCUAAAUAUAACAAUCCCACACUUUUUGAAUUAUCUAACAAUAAAAUCUACCGAUUAUAGUCUUAUUAAAGGGGAAAUAAUACCUAUUGCAUUCAAUACUAUGAUUGAUUUCUCUCUUAGCCCAAAGGAUCUAUUAAGUCCUUUAAAUACAUUAAACACACUGGAAAUAGACGAAUUACAAUUAAAAUCACCCUCAUCACCCUCAAUUCCAACUUCUUCGUUGUAUAGCAGCGACUCAAACAAUGACAAUCGAAACAUAUAUCAUCAUUUUGGAUUACUUCAGCCUCAAAUAUAUGACAUGGAAGAACCUUCUUUUGCUAUUGUAUUCAACAAGGACAAAUAUAAACUUCUACCUGUCCUGUCUCCAAAGGAUUUGAUUUCCAAAGGAACUUAUAUUUUCAGAAGUCUUCAAGACAAUGUAUUAGAUAGAAUUACAAAAUACUUACCUGGAUUAAAAGGUAUGUAUGAUAAAUUUAGAGAAUCAAAGCCAAAUGAUCCUCUGAUAGAUGUUAAACAACUACCGUUUAUUCAUGCAUAUACACAAUUAUUUUUCAAAACUAUGGCUAUAACUGGAUUUAUUUCGGAUGGUAAAACAGUCUUAUACAUAAAAUUUAAGCCAGACCUUAAGGUUAUGCCUGGAAGUACAGACUAUUGGAAGAAUCGAAUUAUAUCCAAAUUAAAUAUCAAUGAUGAACACAUUAGGAAAAGUAGAAUUGUUGACAAAUUUAUAUUUAAACAAUUGGAUCUUAAUAAUGAACUUGCUAUAGAUAUCAAUGAAGUUAUCAGUCAGAGGUACAUCGAUACUAUUAAGCUAAUCAAGCUUUAUUACGGAAACAAAUUUGUCGUACAAAGUUUGGGAAAUGUUCUUAAACCAUUCCAAAUAUUAGAAACCUUUGGACAAACUUCUUGGGCUAGUUUUAACAGCAUUGUUUUGAGACUAGUUUCAAAGGAUGGAAAUCAGUAUAUUCUAAAGAUUUAUGAUCCUCUAUUCACUAAGUCCAUCAUUAGACACGAUUUUAGAUUUAAUGAAUCUGUACAAGAUAGUAUGAGGUCCUUCAUGAAUGAGUGUUGUGCUUAUUAUAUCUUGAGAAAGCAAAGCUUUGUACCUAAAGUAUUCAAAGUUGGCUUUUUAACCAGUGAAACGAAUUCAGUAAUGAAACAAUUCGACAUUGAUAAUAUGAAUUUGAAAGGAUUUUAUAUUCUCAUGGAAUAUAUUGAUGCUCAACAUAUCAGUCCAAUGACGUAUCAAAAUGAAUAUCCAAGUAUCUUAGGAGAUAAAUUAGAAUUAAUCCAUGAUCUAGGAAUCAGUCAUGAAUCAUCAUCAAAUAUGUCAGCAGAUCCAAAAAAAUUGUUACCAGAAUUGUAUAGCCUCAAAUACGCUCUUGAUCUUUGUACAAAGAUAGAGAUGGGAACCUUAAGUGUGAAACCUUUUGAGCAAUCUCAAGUUUUGGAAAAUUAUAUUAACUCAAAGGAAGCAUUAACGGAGCGUCUCAAUUUAAAACUCAAACCAGAUACUGUUAUUAUUAAAAAAAUGAAAAUGGAGUUAGAUCCUAAUAAUGAAAUAAAAGGUGACUUUAAAGUAGUUUUCAUGUGGCAUAGAUUUAUAACUAUCGAUCUUUUUAACCCCUUGGAGUAUAGUACUGUGGAGUUGAAUCUUACAAUUGGUAGAUUUGCAGGUUACGUGAAACAAAAAUUUGCUGUUCGUAAUCACAGAAGAACAAGUAUAAUACUUGCCGCAUUUGAAGUAAUGAUUAACUUAUCGAUUUCUCCCGGUUUAUUAAUAUCAGAAUCACCAACGGAACCUACAAAAAAGCUUUCUCCAAUUCAAGAGGCUGAUGAAGAUUUAGAGCUUGCAGAGAUUUCUGAUAUUCUGCCUCAAUCCCAACCCCCAAGAAAGCGUCACCAUAUUGCUUCAAGUAAUAAUGAACUGAGUGGUGGUACUUCUCAAUCAAAACUUAAAUCAACUAGUGCUUUGUAUGAAUAUAACAGAAGAGACAAUAAAUUAAAUAAAUAUAUUGGACUAUUUAUCCCAGAAGUGCAAAAUGCUGAUAUAUCAACUUUACCACAACCAAAGCCUGAUCUAAAUUUUGAUGAAGACAUGUAUAAAAAGUUCUUAAUUAGCAAUACAUUCAAGCCUUUUGAAUCACCUGAUAGAGUAAUCGAGCUAUUAAAAGGUAUCUUCCCGAUUGAAAUAAAAACGGAAUUGAAACAUGUUUAUGAUAUUUUUAAAUCUCCAACUUCAUCUUUUAAAGACAAGCUUCCAUUCUUCCAAAUAUUUUCCCAAAUGUUUAGAGAAUGUGUCGCUUGCAAUAGUUGUGCAGGUGUAUUAACAGACGGAAUGAUCACCCUUUACAUAAAAUUCAGUCCUAAGCAAUUUGAUAAAAUUAAAGCAAGUUUGACUGAUGAUUAUGCAAGUUGGAAUAAUUAUGGUGCUGAUAUUUAUAGAAAUAUGCCGUGUGAAUUCUUUUCAAUUCGUCAAAAUAAGGAUUUAUUUUAUUGCUUACUUCAUUCGGAGGACUAUUUUACAUCACAAUUAAGAGAAGCUGUCCAGAAUCAUCUAUUUUUGCACAAAGAACCGAUACAACUUAUAUGUGAAAAGCAUUAUAUUGCAUUUGAAGAAAUUUUGAAAAGACUAAAGGAAAAACUUGAAGUAUCAUUAGUAGCUAAAGCACCCACACACGAGGAUCAGUUAAAGGAUGUAUGGUCUAGUAGUCAACCCAAUUAUACCACAGAAGGUACAAUCAUUAAUCAAAGGUAUGAUUCAAUUCUUCAAGAUAUCAAACAUGAUUAUAACGACAGGUUUACUUUUGAAGACACAGUUGAAUUCUUUAAAACAUUUGAAAUCAUCGAGUUACUUGGUGGUGAAGAGAGGUUUUCGAAUAAUGGAGUUGUUUUCAAAAUAAAAUAUCAGGACAAAGUAUGCGUUCUCAAAAUUUAUGAUGCUAUUUAUUCAAAGGCAAUGCCUAGAAAUAAUUAUGAUUUUGAAGCCUCAGUGAUUGAUGUUACUCGUUCCUUUACCAAAGAAAGUUAUGCCUAUCAUUUGUUGAAAGACAAGUCGUUUGUACCAAAGGUCAUAAAAGUAGGUCUUUUAUCAGGCAAAAAUAACAUUAUUAUGAAAUCAAUUGACAUACCAGAUGAAAAUGACAAAGAUAAGAAACCACUUGAUCCUAAACCGGAAAUUAACUUAAAAGGUUUUUUUUUAAUUAUGGACUUUAUUGAUGCCGUAAAUCUAGGUGAUUUGCUUCCCAAUGUUAGGAAAAAAUUUAAAACUCUUGCUCAUAAUACUUUAACUUUACUUCAUAAGGAAAACAUCAGUCAUGGUGAUGUUUACAAAUACAAUAUAUUAGUGACGUGGCACAGUGUAGGUUCACUUUUUAUGAAGAAGAAGGUAUACUUCGUGGAUUUCGGCCUGAGUCGAGUAUCUAAAUAUCGUCAUGGUUCUAAAGUACGUUCACUUAAAGCAAAUACUUUGGCCGAGAAUAUGACACGGGAUCGUAAAUUACUUCGAGGAUUAUUUCCCAAAUGA